CUACUAUACCAGGUCCCAGGCUGCCAGGGCAAUUAUAGGUACCUUUUGUUUCGAUAUCACAACAAAUUAAUACUUUACUUCGAACGAACCCUAAUUUUUUGGCCUGAGAUUUCCUCAAUCUAUACAAGCCUUCUGAGUUCACGAUAUGGACCUGCCCUAGGUGUCUACUUUACGGAUCUACGCUCUGGUAAGCCGCCAGGUAAUGGCCUUCACUAGCCACAACUUCAAGCCACAAAUCAAGGACCGAUUUAUAAAUCAAUUUAAUUCGGAGUCGCGUCGAAGUUUAAGUAGACGCGUCAAACGCGUCUCAUUACACGAAGCGCAUAACGACAAUCAGGAGAGGCACAGUGUAUUGAUAUCUUUGAUAUCCCGGAUAUCCUAGAUAUUAAUACAUCAGAUAUUAGCUUCCGAAGUUGUACCAAUUUUAUACGGAAAGGGUACCCGUUACUCCCAACUACUUACUGAUCCGAGACAUUUCCCUAUUUCUUCAUCAUGUCAUCAGUAGCCUCCUCCACCCCCCCUAAAGAGUCUCCGGACUCCACACCAGUUCCUGAGGAUCGUCACAACUCGCUCGUCUUCAGAGACAAAGGCAAAGGACCUGACAGUGUAUCUAAGAGAAAGAGAACCUUGACAAAUGGCACGGAACAUGUCAAAUCGAGGCGGAGAACGCGUGAGCCCGAGUCUGAGGCUGCGAUCGAAGAACAAGACUUUGAUCCCGAUCAAUCCAUGGAAGAGCGACGAAAUCUUCAACGCGGAUAUCGGGAUCUCCUCCGUGAUCUUCAUGAGAACAACGAUGAAUAUCUCAAGAUAGAUUCAGUUGGCCUACACGAGACAUUACGUAAAGCCAAUGAACUGUCAUCUAAUGUUAAGCAAACUACCGAGGCUGCUAUAGAUUCAAAGCUCUUGGUUAGCACAGCUGAUGCAUCUUACCGCAAGACUGUUCGCCUCACUUCAGGUAACAUUGCCCAAGGCAUUGAUGUGGAGGAGUUUGUCUCAAAAUGCAUUACCUACAUGCGACUCGGAUCUGGCAUCGCGGAAGAUGAUGCGCCAGAGCUUACCUCUACACAACAGCACAGACGAAGACCGGGUCGAGGAUCCUUAGAUGAUGGAGAGGAUUACGAUGAUGAGAUCGGCGACGAAGGUGACAUGUUCAACUGGGAGCAUCUUGGCCGAUUUGCUUGCCUCCCUAAUAUUCGACGUCCGGCCACACCUGGUUUCCUCCUUGGCCCUCUUUCUACUGAAGUGAAGAAAAGAAAGAUCACCAAACGCAGUGCACCAUUCAGGCCUAAUAACUUGCAGGAGACGAGACCCGAAGUUCUAGACGCCGAGGCAGUCCAGAGAACGGAAAAGAACGACCUUACUACCAUCUGCUCUAAGAUCCUUCAAAGACUGAAGCAGGUGCAAGACGAGGCCCAGGAUGCUGUUGAGAGUGCUGUUGUGCGUGGAGCUAGCGAUGAAGAAGCACAGAAAUUAAUGGAUCGCCAUGGCCUAAGAGAUACGGGUGGUAUCGAUCUCUUGAAGUUCGUCGUAAAUCCACAUUCCUUCGGACAAACCGUAGAGAACAUGUUCUACGUCAGUUUCCUAAUCCGAGACGGCCGUAUUAAGAUCGACUUUGAUGAGAACAAACUACCGACUCUUCAUCCCGUCGAUCGUGAAGAGGAGACUGCCGCCUCCAAGCAUCGUGCCCAAAAACAACAGGCCGUGUUCUCCAUAGACAUGAAGACUUGGCGCGAUAUCAUCAACGCGUUCAAGAUCACCGAUCCUAUCAUCGAACACCGCCAGGAACAGAGUCACCAAGGGCCAGGAUCUCGCGGUUGGUACAAUUAGCCCUGAUGUUACUAUCAGCUAUUCAAUCAGAAAACACUAUCCAUUGAGACCUAGAGGCGUCUUAAUUGUACGUGCAGCCACCUGUCAAAUACCCCGAACCAGUGGAGGAGUUCAAUUGUAAUACCAGCCUUGUACUAUCAAUUAGCUAUAGAUGGCUUUUUGCUGUAAUCCUCAAUAAGCAUGGCCAAAAAGUAUAGUGGCUGAUCGCCGGUUGCCAGAAAAGUC